UUCAUUAUCAGUCCUUUAAAGUGAGUGCUUCCGUAAAGUUAUCCGUGAUUUUCUGUAAAUUCGGCCAAAUGAUCGCCAAAGGAAUCAUCAAGACAAUAAAUGAUGGAGAAAUUGCACUUCAGUUGUACAAUCCACAUACAGACCUCCAGGAAGUGCUCAAAGUUCUGGAGCAGGCUUUUAUGAAAGAUGCUAAUACUUUUAUCGCUUUUGAGAUGAACAAAUCGGAAGCUCAUCAGGGUCGUCUGGAAUUUGAGAACUUCAUUCUGGCUCUGCUGAGAGCGGGAAUAUCCUUAGUAGCUCGUCACUUACCUUCAAAUAGAAUUGCUGGAUUCACAGUCAAUAUCAUUCAGUCACGUCCUGAAGUUGGACAACUGACGCUGUUUGAGGAGUUUAAGGACAGAAUUAACUGCCAACAACUCAAAGAUAUGAUUAAUUUUAGAUUAGCCACAGAUAAAUUUAUCAAUUUAUUUGAAAAUUUCAACACCGAAUGUUUCUUCGAAUGUGUCUAUUUGGCAACUCUUCCGGACUUCCGGGGAAGGAGAAUAGCUCAUCAUCUUGUUCAGUGUUCAGUUGAGCUGGCCAAGGAAAUUGCAGCCGGAAAGUAUCCUGAAACAAUGAUUGAAGAUUUUCAUGGAAAAAUCCCAAAGAUUGUCUACGGAAGUUGGAGUUCGAAGUAUUCUGCAAAAAUUGCUGAAAAUCUAGGAUUUGUCGUUGUGAAGGCAACUGCAUUCUCCGAUGUCAAAGUCAAUGGUAUUCCCUGCUCCAAGAAACUUCCACCUGAACAUUCUCACAACAUUUCUUCAGUACUGAGAAUUUAGAAUGAAUUUAAGUAUUUCAAAAUCUCGUUUUGUGACUGAAAUUUUACAAAUUGAGAUAUUUGUUGCUAAUAAAUUAAUUAAAAAACAUUUUCUUUAA